AGUUGCUGUGAAUAAGCUAAGAAUGGUAAUGCAGUUUCAGGAGUUAGAAAAUCCAGUUCAAAUCAGUGCUUGCCACAGCUGCACCCCGUCAGGACUGGUCAUGGAAAUGAUGAGCAUGAGGCCUGCUAAAGGUGUACUAACAGAACAAGCAGCAGGUACUCUGGGACAGAAUCUAGAAGUGGAACCAUACUCACAAUACAACAAUGUUCAGUUUCCCCAAGUUCAACCACAGAUUUCCUCGUCAUCCUAUUAUUCCCACUUGGGUUUCUACCCCCAGCAGCCUGAAGAGUGGUACUCUCCUGGAAUAUAUGAACUCAGGCGAAUGCCAGCUGAGACUUUCUACCAAGGACAGACUGAGGUAACAGAGAUUCCUGUAACAAAGAAGGCCCGAAUGGGCGCAUCCGCAGGGAGAAUAAAAGGGGAUGAGCUAUGUGUUGUUUGUGGAGACAGAGCAUCUGGAUACCAUUAUAAUGCACUGACCUGUGAGGGGUGCAAAGGUUUCUUCAGGAGAAGCAUUACCAAAAAUGCUGUAUACAAGUGCAAAAAUGGGGGCAACUGUGUGAUGGAUAUGUACAUGCGAAGAAAGUGCCAAGAGUGUCGACUCAGGAAAUGCAAAGAGAUGGGAAUGUUGGCUGAAUGUAUGUAUACAGGCUUGUUAACUGAAAUUCAGUGUAAAUCGAAACGACUGAGAAAAAACGUGAAGCAGCAUGCAGAUCAGACCAGUAAUGAAGACAGCGAAGGACGCGACUUGCGACAAGUGACCUCGACAACUAAGUCAUGCAGGGAGAAAACUGAACUCACCCCAGAUCAACAGAAUCUUCUACAUUAUAUUAUGGAUUCAUAUAGCAAACAGAGGAUGCCUCAGGAAAUAACAAAUAAAAUUUUAAAAGAAGAAUUCAGUGCAGAAGAAAAUUUUCUCAUUUUAACUGAAAUGGCUACCAGUCAUGUACAGAUUCUCGUAGAAUUCACAAAAAAAUUGCCAGGAUUUCAGACAUUGGACCAUGAAGAUCAGAUUGCUUUGCUGAAAGGGUCUGCAGUUGAAGCUAUGUUCCUCCGUUCAGCCGAGAUUUUCAAUAAGAAACUUCCAGCUGGACAUGCUGACCUAUUGGAAGAGAGAAUUAGAAAGAGUGGUAUCUCUGAUGAAUAUAUAACUCCAAUGUUUAGUUUUUAUAAAAGUGUGGCAGAAUUGAAAAUGACUCAAGAAGAGUAUGCUCUGCUUACAGCAAUCGUUAUCCUCUCUCCAGACAGACAAUAUAUAAAGGAUAGAGAGGCAGUAGAGAAGCUUCAGGAACCACUGCUUGAUGUGCUACAAAAGUUGUGCAAGAUUCAUCAGCCUGAAAAUCCUCAACAUUUUGCCUGUCUCCUGGGUCGCCUGACCGAGUUGCGGACAUUCAAUCAUCACCAUGCAGAGAUGCUGAUGUCAUGGAGAGUGAAUGACCACAAGUUCACCCCGCUUCUCUGUGAGAUCUGGGAUGUGCAGUGAUGAGCAUCCCAGGGGGCAGGGUCUAGCUCUCUCUUUGCCUCAGCAUAUAAAUCUGAUGUAUAACUUUCCUUUAUUUCACUUGGACCUGGUUUCACACAAGAAUUUUGAUGAGUAUUUAUGUAGUAAUUAUCUAACUUCCACAAUUGUACAUAUGGGGCUAGAUAGAAUUACUUUCUCUACAUUGUAUUUUACAUGACUUCAGGGAAUCUUUUAUUCUAAUUGGCAUGCCCUGUUUGCCUAAUUAAAUUGAUCAUUACUUCAAUUCUGACUAUUGAAAUAGGGAAAAAUCUCAUUUUGCUCUUCAUCUUACCUUAUUGUAUAUAUUUUAUUAAAGAGUUAGUUAUGUGCAAUUUUGGCAAUAAACUAAACAUAAUGGCAACAGGCUUUAUUUGGGAACACAAUUUAAAAAUAUGCAAACUCUUAUUUCUUUAAAUGAUGAAUGACAUCCUAUUGAGCCUGAGAGGAUACUUUACACAAAAGAUAAACACUCACAACAUAAAUGGUACUUAUUCAUCCCUAGAGAAGCCCUGGUGAAUAUUCAGUCAUUUGUAGUAGCGCUCUGAUCAUUUCAUUUUCUUCGAAGUUCAAAGAGAAUAGAAUACCAUACAGAAAAGUUAAUGAUUCUCACAUAAAAUAUUCUCCCAAGCAUAUUUAGUUAUGCUUUUAGGGGAAAUACUUCCCAUAGUUAGGUUCUUGAGGUAGCAUUUACAAAUUCAGAGCAUGGAGAUAACUCCAGUGAUGGGUCGUUCCCUUUUCUGUGUUAAAAGUGCUCAAAUUUGGCUUCAGUGCAUAUAAUUAAUCAUUUCUUUGUUUUGUUUUGCUUUUGGAAAACACUCCUUCAGCCCGGUGCACAGCUGUUGUAUACUUCUCCCAAAGCAGGAAUUAGUUCAUUUCCUUCCUUCAUUGUUAUACUGUUGCAUUCUUCUCCCCAUUAUCCUUUGGUGAAUACAAUAAAACACCUAAAUGUAAUGGACUUAUAUCUUCCUUCCUCCUGGGGUCAGCCAAAGUGGACCUUGCUUAGCAAGGAAAUGUUUUUGCGUUUUUUUUUUUAAUAUUAAAAUACCAGAGCAACCCUGAAGUCCUAAAAAUAGAUAGUGAAAAAGAGAGUGAGUUAUGGCUAGCAUCAGUUGGAUUCCAUCUGCUACAACAACGAAAAAAGACUUCGGUCCCCACUAAGUACAAGAUUCUUUUGCUAAGCUCCAUGGGAGAUACAAAAUGAUUAAGACACAGCAAUUGCCUGGAGAGGCUUACAAAGAACAGAGGAAUGUUGUAAGGGCUCAACUGGGAAAGGCUAGUGGAUGAGGUGGCACUGCCCCUGGGCUUGGAAGGAUAACCACCGUUUCCUUGGGUCAGGGUAAGAGGGAAGGUGAUUCAAGGUGAAAGAGGUGGCAGGAGCAAAAGGAGGGAGGUAGGGAGUUGUACAGAUGUUAAAAGACCACAAGUAAUGUAAGAGGAGAGAGAGAAGAUGUACAGUCCCUUUCUAAGCUUCAGUCUCCCCAUUGUAAAGUGAAGGUAUCAGCACCUACCAUCUAAUGGGUUUUACCUGAUGAAUGAAGAGUUAAAUGGGAAGUUGUAGUCCUACCAGGGAGGGGAUGGUGAGGAAAAGACAUUUAAGAUGACAGAGAAGUAAAUUUCUGAAUGCCUGAAGGAGUAGAACUGGUUUGGGGAACUGAGUGUGGUUUGGUAUCUCCAGAUCACAAGACAUCUAGGGGGAAAGUAGUGGGAAAUGAGCUAGAACUGAUGGGGCACUACAGACAGAGCUAGGAGUUAAUCCUGUAGAUCUGGAUUUUUCAAUUGGUUAAGAUCUUGUAAUAGCAAAUAAUAAUAUUUCUCAUGAGGAAAACUUAUUGUGAUACAGUAAGAAAUACAUUUUUUGGUUUUCGUCCCCAGUUCCUGACACAGAGUUUCUAAAACUUUUGGAAUUUCCUGAAUGAUAGGAGCAUCUUUCAUUAUUCAUUACAAGCCCCUUUCAACCAUACCUGUAUUUAUGCUAAUAAGGUGAAUCUGUGUGGAUUUCUAAAUGUUUCCAGGUGUGGACUGGUUGCCAGAGGUUAGAGGGUUGGAACUUUCAGCCCCCUCCCAGGCCUCUGGGGAGAGGGAGGAGCCCCGAGAUUGAGGUCAAUCACCAGUGAUUGAUGAUUUCAUCAAUCAUGCCUGUGUAAUGGAACUCCCAUAAAAUCCAUACAUGAUGGGACUUGAAGAGCUUCUGGGUCUGUGAACACAUCGAGGUGCUGGUGGGAAAGGUAUGUGUGAUGGAGAGAACAUGUAAACUACAUGCUCUCUUCCUACCGGGCCCCCAUCUCUCCAACCCAUACCUUACCAUCUGCCCCUUCCAUUUCUCUUCCUGAGUCAUAUUCUUCAUGAUAGACUUGUAAUAGUAAGUAAACUGUUUUCCUGUAUUCUGUAAGCCAUACUAGAAAAUUAUUGAACCUGAGAAGGGAGUUGUGGGAAACCUUGGAUUAUAGCCAGUUGGUCAGAAGUACAGGUGAUAACCUGGGACUUAUGGGGCAGGAACUGUCUCCAGGUAGUUAGUGUCAGAAUUGAAUUGGAUUGUAGGACACCCAGUUGGUGUCAGAACUGAUUAUUGGUGUGGAAAAGACCCAUACAUUUGGUGUCAGAACUGUCAGCAGAAACAGUUCACUGAUGGAUUUUUUUUUUUCAGAAAGAAUUUUUGUGAGACUUUAACAAAAAGUGAAGGAGUAAGAUAAAGAGAAAAAGAACAGUAAGAAUUUGUAAUCAGAUCUCAUAUUCAUGAAGAAAUAUGGCAGAGUCGAGUUUUAAGGUCAGAAAAUGUGUAUCAUUGACACAGAGUAUCACAGAAGCAGAUCUACUAGUAAUUAGCCUUGUGACCUUGGGGGGAAAAAUUUAAAUUCUCUUAGACUCAGUUUCCUUAUGUGUAAAAUAUGGACAAUAUGAUAUUCCUACCUCACAGGGUUGACCUGAAAGUUAAGCACCAUAGUGUCUCCAAAGCAAUUUACUUGACAAACAUGUCAGUACUAAGCACCCAGGAAAUUAUAGCUACUGUUAUUAUUAUUGUUAAAAUUGACUGCCAUAAGCUGCAAUUACUGGUGUUGUGUUUCUAAAUAUCUCUUGAGCUUUGAUGUAAUGGAGGGAUGGUAGUAAACAAAACAGGAAAACAGUCUCCAAUCUCAUGGUAUCUACAGUAUAGUAAAGGAGACAGACAAGAAAUAAGUACAUAAAAAUGAAAUAAGUACAAAUUGUGCUAAGUGUUCUGAAAGAAAGGCAUCACCCUUUCUCUGAUGUACACUUUUAUGAACCAUUAAAACAACGUUUUUCUAAAACGCAAAUCUGGUUAUGUGCCAGUGUGGUUUACCAUUAGCUUCAGCAAAACCUCUUAACUCCUAGGCAGAGCAAUUUAGCUUUUGAGUCUCUUCACCAUCAGGUCCUACUCCAGCCUGUCUCUUGCCCCUGCCUAAAUUCUAGGUCCAGAUAAAAUGCCUUUCCCAGAAUGCUAUAUUCUAUUCAACUCAGUGAAAAAGGAAGAAAGGAUAGGAAAAAGACAAAGGGUUUUCCUCAUUCUCUCCCUUUCUUUUCUCCCUCUAUUCCAAUGGGUUAUAACCAGGGGUGAUUUUGUCUCCCAGGGGACAAUUGGCAAUGUCUGGAUACAGUUUGGGUUUUCAUAAUGGGGGGUAGAGAUACUAUUGGCAUUUAGUGAAUAGGGGCCAGGGAUGUUGCUAAACAUCCUAUAAUGAACAGAAUGGCCUCAGACAACAAUUAUCUAGCCCAAAAUACCAGUAGGGCUGAGGUUGCUGUUCUCUCCCAAGAAGACAUGACCCCUACACUGUACUUCCUUCUGACUCGAUCUAGCUUCACCAUUGUUUUUCUCUUGGUAAUGGUUUUCU